AUGGCGUCUCGAGCGUCCAACACUUCGCCGUCGACGCUCGACCAGCUGGUCAAAGGCGCCCCCGCGUCCAGCACCUCCCCCAAUGCCGUCGCUGCUUCCGCCUUUGCGAACCCUCCACCCUCACAUACAAUGCAUCAUGAAAACACAAAUGCCGGACACGCUCCCCAAUACCCCUCCGAUCCUACAGCCUUGCUUCCGAGCGCGCCGCCGCAAAUAUACCUCAACCUGCUGAUCCUCGAAGCCAGUCUGCGCAGCCAAUACUUGACCCUGCGAGCGCGGCGGCGGCAGAAUAUGUUUGUGCUGUUCCUGCUGGCCAUAUGGAUAGUUUUCUUCUUCUAUCUUAUGUGGCUGCGACCGCGGGAGGACGGCAAGGGUAUUGGAGGAUCGAAAUACUGGGUUGUAGACAUGAGUCAGAAGGUCUGCUUCAUUACGGGUGUGGUGACAGCGUUGUUGUUCUGGGCUACGGGUCAGUGGGAGCGCGGCGUACGCUGGCCACGGCGAUGGAUUGGUGUUGCAAAUCGUGGCCUACGCGGUAUGAACGCUAAGAUUGUCGUUAUUCGAGGGCCCUGGUGGCAAUGGCUUGCCGAUUGGCUAGCGUUCAUCAUGCCUUUCAAUGGCGGGCUGUGGGGCGGGGAGACAGGCGGAAGCAGCUAUCACUUCAUCAAUGUGAGCCAAGAGAAGAAGCACGACUUCAACGACGGGCGGCCGCUCCACCGCAUCACAGAGGAUGGGAAGGAGUAUGCCGAGGAAGACAUCGCGCCCGGUGGUGACCUCAUUAAGCUGCUUCUCCUUCCAAAACCAUUCACCCCUGAUUUCCGUGAGGGCUGGGAAAUCUACCGUACCGAAUAUUGGGAGCGCGAAAAUGAUCGGAGGGCGGAGCUUCGCAAACGAGUUCAGGCUAGGCGCCGUGAAAUCGCGCGGGCAGAAGGCGGAAUCCUAUGGUGGACUGGAUGGAGAGGGUGGAAACGAGCAAGAGGCAUUGGUAGCGGGAAAGCCAGCGACAUUGAAAAGACAGGUCAUACGCACCCUCACCACCUUUCCCACGCCUCGUCCCUGAAAGACCGCAAGCGCCGCCCUAGUGUCCUGCGUGGUAGAGAGGGCUCAACACAUUCCCGAAGCUCCUCCCGUAGCGUCACACCCAACCCCGACUUCGACGAUAAUCUUCACCGCCUCCGACCUCUCGAGACACGGGAUCGAGAACGAAGGUGGAGUAACAGUACUGCAAGUACUACAACCAGCACCACCCGGGGUGAACCUCGUCGCAGCACGCGAAAAGUGACACCCACAUCGCUAUCGAGCACCACAAAUCCUGCCCAAAUGGCUCGACAUCCCUCAACCUCAUCAUCACGUCCCACCACACCGAAUGAUGGCGUUAAUCCCUGGCAAAGUAAGAGGGCAAGCACUUUGAGCACGGCGGAGAGUUACUCGGACUAUGAUGGCGAGUCUACGAGCGGGUACGAUGGGACGUCUACUUCUGCGCAAGCUGCCGAGCAGCACACAGGGAGCGCUGGAGAUAUGGGACCGCCUGCGCGUCCUGUGAGACGGAAAAGCAGCGAGAAGGAGUUUAUCUUCCCUAAUGCUCCAAGUGCUUGA